CAACAAUCAACAUGGGUACCCUCUCAAGUCAAAUUUUAUGGUUUCCCCACUUUCCACUUUCAUUCUCAUUUUGUUUCUGUUGAUCUGUUCCAUUUCUGUUCAAAGAUCUAAUUUUUGUUUUCAUUGUAUUUGUUAUGGUAAAGGAUCAAAUCCCACUAGUUGAUUUCUGUAAUUUAUCCAAAAUAAAGGCUUGUGGGGGAGAAGAGAACUAACUCAAUGGCCUGGAAAUCUAUUUAACUAGUAUACAUCAUCGUGUGAAGUAGUGCAUUUUCUGUUGCAAUGGAUGGGGAUAACGAUCUUAACAUGCGUAAUUGGGGUUACUAUGAUGCCACAACCUCCUUUAAGAGCAAUCUUGGGUUACAGCUAAUGUCCUCCAUGCCCGAAAAACCUCUGCUUGGAGGACGCAAUGCUGCAGUUUUAUCUGGCACUGGCACUGGCACUGGCACUGUCACUGGCACAACAAGUGCCCCUUUUCACCAUAGAGACUUUGGGAUGCCCCCUAUGGAUUAUGCUUGGAUUAAUCACAGAGACAAGUUUAUGAAUAUGAUACCCACAAACCCCAAUUAUGCUGUUGUUCCUGAGACAUCUUCAGCACAUCAAAUGCAAAUGAUUCAACCACCUGAAUUGUCCAAGGAAGAAGAACCAACUGAAGAUCCACCUGUUGAGAAGGUCAACGGAACUAGUAAGAAAAGACAAAGGCCCAAGGUUCCCAAGGUGCCCAAGGUUCCCAAGGUUCCCAAGUCACCCAAGGCAAAGAAGCCCAAAAGAGGGUCUCGUGUGCCAAAGGAUGAGAAUACUCCUUCAGUUCAACGAGCUAGGACAUCAAAGAAAACUACUGAAAUUUUAAUAAAUGGGAUCGAUAUGGAUAUCUCCAGUAUUCCUAUACCUGUUUGUUCAUGCACUGGGUCAUCUCAACAGUGUUAUAGAUGGGGCUCCGGUGGGUGGCAAUCAGCAUGUUGUACAACAGGUAUAUCAAUAUAUCCUUUACCCAUGAGUGCCAAACGGCGUGGAGCGAGGAUAGCUGGAAGAAAAAUGAGUAUAGGAGCAUUUAAGAAAGUUUUAGAGAAACUUGCAGCCGAGGGUUAUAACUUUUCUAAUCCAAUUGAUUUAAGGACUUAUUGGGCAAAACAUGGCACCAACAAGUUUGUCACUAUCAGGUAGAUUUACUCUAUGUUACAACGGACCUCUUAUUCCUUUUAGCAAGUUUGCCUUGUAUAUAUGUGUAUUUGUUUUGAGACAGAGGCUUCUUAGAUGGUUUGUACUUUUUAGUACAAGAAUUUUCAAAUUCACACAGCGUUUUCCUUUGUUUUUUGUCUCUUGCUAUGUUGUUUUGUUCACUUAUUUGGAUUUAGUGCACGGUUAUUCAAUCUUAUGGUUGGUUGAUCCUGAUGGGCUGAGAUUUUGUUUUAAUGGUAUU